AUGGCUGGCUUCAUCCGUAGCAAGCAAGCCGGCAUCCAAAACGACCUCUCCGCCGGGCUCACACCCGAGCAUGUCGCGAUCGAUGACAUCGAGCGUUAUGGUAUCAACAGCCAGAUAGGUGCCAUCGCCUAUGAUCCUGUGCAAUCACUGCUGGCAGUGGGCACAAAGGACAGCAAAUUUGGACCUGGACAAAUCUAUAUCUUCGGCAGAGGCAGAGUCGCCGUCACAUUCGACUUACCUCAACGAGCAUCAGUCAAGCAGAUACAGUUCUGCGCCGACAAGCUUGUCUGCCUUGACUCUAAAAAUGAUCUCUCAUUCUAUUCGCUAGAGUCGAAGAAACUUAUCGGAUCACACUCACCGCCAGGUGUCGCAACGACUAUCGCGACAGAUCCCGCCUUGGAUUACGCUUUGAUUGGUAUGCAGUCCGGAGAUGUUCUCGCUUACGAUAUGGACCGAGAGGGAGCCGCACCUUUCCGCAUCCCAAACCUAUGGGCCGAGCGAGAUCCAAGAGUUCGAGUGUCACCAGUCGUCAGCAUUCAAUUCCAUCCUAGAGAUAUCGGAAAGCUCCUGAUCGGCUACGUUCACGGUGCAGUUACCUUCUCAUUUAAGCUAAACCAAGCUCAAAGAUUCUUCCAGUAUGAAGUCCCUGCUGGAGCUCCUGGUGGUCAUGCAGAUCCAGAUACAUCAAGGACGCCUCGUUGGCCGAAACUUACACAAGCAGUAUGGCAUCCUACUGGCACUUUCAUCUUGACCGGACACGAAGACAGCUCGAUGGUAUUCUGGGAUCCCAAGGAUGGGAGAAUCAUCUUGGCUCGAACAACUAGUGAGACACACAUCAACAUUCCUGGAAAGGGUGCUACAACUCUUGGGCCAACAGUGUCAGUGAAGGAGCCUAUCUUUAAAGUCGCCUGGUGCGCGAACAAAGAUCCCGAUGACACUGCACUCCUUAUUGCUGGUGGUGCAGACACAACUAUGCCUACCAAAGGCAUGACGUUCUUCGAAAUGGGCCGAACUCCAAACUAUGCAACUUCAAGUUGGGAUGUUCUCGCUGAUCACCUGGAGUCACCACGCCGACAAAGAGUACUGCCAACACCACCAAAUGCCGAAGUUGUCGAUUUCUGUCUGAUUCCGAAAGAGUCGCCCCACUUUGCCGGUGCUCAAGAUCCCAUUGCCAUCCUCGCGCUUCUGUCUUCGGGAGAAGUCAUCUCGCUCAGCUUCCCAAGCGGUAUACCUAUCACACCCACCAACCAACUACACGUUUCAAUGACCUUUGUCCACCCAUUCAUCAGACGUGCCAAUAUCACCACAGUCGACAGAGUGAGAUGGCUUGGCAUGACCGAGAAUCGCAAUCAAGGUCCUCGUAUCUUGAAGGGUGGUGUGGAGCAGACACAUCCUCUCAAACGCUAUGAAAAUCGAAAUAUCAUUCAGACAAUGCAUGCGGAUGGUACAGUCAGACUCUGGGACGCCGGUCAUGGCGAUGAGCUAGAAAACGACAAAGUCCUUGAAGCAGGUGUAGGUCGAGCCGUGGGACGUAUCGAAGGUGUAGACAUUACCACCACUUCUUUAGCAAGUGCGAGUGGUGAGUUUGCAGCAGGUACCAGGAGUGGCGAAGUUGCAAUCUUCCGCUGGGGCAACAAUAGGAACUUUGGUCGCGAUGUACCGCCUUCUGCUGGUGGCAACCGUCCGAAUGCUCUCACCAACAUUAUCGACAGAGCCGAUCCGAACCUCAAGGAAGGUUUGUGUCCAUUCACCUUGCUCGACUUGCAAAGUGGUCCUAUCACUUCAGUCAAGGUCAGCGAGGUCGGCUUCGUCGCUACUGCUUCGGAAGGGGGUAAACUGGCCGUUAUUGACAUGCGUGGCCCUGCCAUCAUCCACCUCGGCACUACUCAAGAAUUUGGUAAGGGCGAGAAGCUCGGUACGCUACGUCGCAAGAGCUCUCACGCACCAGACAAGCCUGAAUGGGUGACAAAGUUGGAGUUCAGUGUUAUGACCCUCGAAGAUGAAAAUUACUCUAGCGUGAACCUGCACGCUGGUACUAAUCUAGGGCGACUAGCAACUUUCAAGCUCGUCCCGGACAGUUCUGGGCGCUAUGUUGUCGAGUUCAAAGGCGUAACCACUUUUGACGGUCGUAUCAUCCAUAUAUCGCCCGUCGACACCCACACAGGCAGACCGGCAUCCGCAAAUCAAAACGCCGUCGCCAAUCUUCGCAACGGCGCAAAGACUGAUGGUGUCCUCGUCGCCGUAACCACAAGUGAAGCCCGUAUCUUCCGUCCAGCCACUGCAAAGGGAGCCCACAAGACUUUCGACAGCCACUCCUGCGAGUCAGCGGCUGUAGUGAGAUUCCAGGAUCAAGGCUAUGUGCUUGCCGGAUUGUUUGGUGAUGGUACUGUGCGUGCUUACACAUUACCUGCUCUCAAAGAGCUAAACUCGAUCAACAUCUCGCAUAUCCUGGACACGAGACGCUUUGCAGAUUCGAUCAUCGUACCCAACGGUGACAUAUUUGGCUGGACCGGUCCCUCUGAGAUGGCACUGAUCAACAUGUGGGGAACAGGUCAACUCUUGCCAAAAUCUUUAGACAAACUGUUCAACCCUGAAGCUCUCAUCCCACCUCGACCCACAAUCUCAAACUUCCAAUGGGUAGCAGGAACCCAAUACGUCACCCCCUCCGACAUGGAUCUCCUCAUCGGCGGUCCCUCCCGCCCCCCCUCAAAACGCAUGCUCGCCCAAUCCCGCGCCGACGAAGCCGCUCUCCGCGCUUCCUCUCGCAACCCCACCACUUCGGCGUCUUCAGCAGCACAGCAAAGCACAGAAAGCUGGGGCGCAUACAUGCAAAGACAAGUUCAAGAACGCACACAAAACCUAUCCAUCAUGGGUGAUUCGAUGGAGAAUCUAGAGCAGAAUAGUCAAGGCUGGGCUGAUGAUGUGGGCAAAUUUGUAAACAAGCAGAAAAGGGGUGUGGUUACUGGGUUGAUCAAACAUAAAUUUGGGUUCUGA